AUGGUUGAUUGUACUCUUGUUAAGGUUGUGUCAGGAAUUCCGGUGAGAAUGCAUGCUCAUACGGAUGGAAUAUACUUUCAGUGCAAGUGUCUAAUACAGACUUAUUUGUAUUUCAGCACGUCUACUUCCAUUAUUGCCCUGCUUGCUGCUGAAAAAUUUAACAGCGAAAAUUACACACAAUGGAAAACGAACCUUAACACUAUACUCGUGGUAGAUGAUCUUAGAUUCAUCUUAACCGAGGAGUGUCCUCAGGCUCCCACGCCAAAUGCAGCUCGAGCUAGUCGGGAUGCCUAUGACAGAUGGAUCAAGGCCAAUGACAAGGCUAAUGUCUACAUCUUGACAAGCAUAUCUGAUGUGCUGUCCAAGAAGCAUGAGAGUAUGGUCACCGCAAGGGAGAUCAUGGACUCGUUGCAGGACAUAUUUAGACAGUUGUCCAUUCAAGCCCGACACGAUGCCCUCAAGUUCAUUUAG